AUGCAAACUUCUUUCAGCGCGACGCACCAGUUCGGACCGCGAAUAUGUCCAAAUUUGAUUAUUAUUCUCGCGCAAGGGUACGUGUCCACUCGACAAAAAAUCGGUGUCUGUCUAUCUAUCUAUCUUUUUGAAUCUAUCUAUCUAUCUAUCUAUCUAUCUAUCUAUCUAUCUAUCUAUCUAAGUCUGUCCAUUUCUAUCUUUUUUGAGUCACUAUCUAUCUAUCUAUCUCAGUCUGUCCAUUUCUAUCUUUUUUUAGUCACUAUCUAUCUAUCUAUCUAUCUAUCUAUCUAUCUAUCUAUCUAUCUAUCUAUCUCAGUCUGUCCAUUUCUAUCUUUUUUGAGUCACUAUCUAUCUAUCUAUCUAUCUAUCUAUCUAUCUAUCUAUCUAUCUAUCUAUCUCAGUCUGUCCAUUUCUAUCUUUUUUGAGUCACUAUCUAUCUAUCUAUCUAUCUAUCUAUCUAUCUAUCUAUCUAUCUAUCUCAGUCUGUCCAUUUCUAUCUUUUUUGAGUCACUAUCUAUCUAUCUAUCUAUCUAUCUAUCUAUCUCAGUCUGUCCAUUUCUAUCUAUCUAUCUAUCUAUCUAUCUAUCUAUCUCAGUCUGUCAAUUUCUGUCAAUUUCUAUCUAUCUAUCUAUCUAUCUAUCUAUCUAUCUAUCUCAGUCUGUCAAUUUCUAUCUAUCUAUCUAUCGUUCACUUCUGUCUGUACUCUUUUUUUUUACCCCUUUGAAAUGUUCAAAGGAGCAGAGACAAUAA